AUGAGCACCCUCGUGCGCAGAGGGAGCGCGUCGGGCCAUUUGCGCCCUGCGACGUUGCGGUGCGUGUGCUCUGCGCUCGUGGCUCCGGAGCCACGAGCGCCAGGCCCGCCCAUCGCCGCCAAGAAUGCGCCCCUCGCCCAGCGCUCGUCGUCGCCUUGGCGCAGGCAGAGCGGCAGCAGCAGCAGCAGCAGCGCGUUCUCGUUCUCGACUCUGACGGCGACGAAGAAAGCGGCGGCCGCAGCAGCAGCAGCAGCGAAGGAGAGAGUGCGAGGAUUGCUGACAGUGGAGGAAUUGAAGCGGCUGGUGGAGGAGGACGAGAUCGAGACCGUGGUCGUGGGCCUGACCGACUGCUACGGGCGCCUGGUGGGCAAGAGGUUCACGGCGAGCUUCUUUCUGGAGAGCGCGGUGGAGGAUGGAACGCACGGAUGCUCGUAUCUGCUGGCCACGGACAUGGACAUGGAGCCCGUGCCGGGGUACAGGUUCGCCGGCUGGGAGCAGGGCUAUGGGGACAUCCACCUGGUGCCGGACAUGCGCUCGCUGCGGAUCGCGAGCUGGCUCGAGAAAACGGCGUUCGUGCUGUGCGACGUGGUGGACGAUGAAUCGAGAGCCCUAGCGCCACACGCGCCGAGGUCGAUUCUGAAGAAGCAGAUCGCCGAGGCGCACUCGCUGGGCGAUCUCGUGCCGAUGGCGGCCUCGGAAUUGGAGUACUAUCUGUAUCAGCAGAAUUUCGAGGAGGCCAAGGAGAAGAAUUACGCGGGCUUGAAGCCCGUGGGAUGGCAUCGCGAGGAUUACCAUAUCCUGCAAGGCUCGCGCGAGGAGUUCUUCCACGGCCCCGCGCGGCGCCACCUGCAGGCCUCGGGCGUGCCGGUCGAGAACAGCAAGGGAGAGUUCGGCAUCGGCCAGCACGAGCUCAAUGUGAAGUACGCCGAGGUGCUGGAGAUGGCCGAUCGGCACGUCGUGUACAAGCAGUGCCUGAAGGAGCUCGCGGACCAGCUGGGCGUGGCCAUCACCUUCAUGGCCAAGCCUCAUUUCGACCAGCCCGGGUCGAGCAGCCACCUGCAUCUCAGCCUGUGGAAGGACGGCAAGAACGCGUUCCACGGCGACAAAAAAUUGGGCUCCAUUUCCUGCAGCGACGAGUUCCGCUGGUUUCUCGGAGGCUGGAUGAAGCACACUCCCGAGCUCAUGGUGUUCUACGCUCCCAAUGUCAACUCCUACAAGCGCUUCAUCGCCGGCAGCUGGGCGCCAACGCAGCUGGUGUGGAGUCGCGACAACCGAACCGCUCCGUUCCGGCUCAUCGGAUCGGGCAAAUCCCUGCGCAUCGAGUGCCGAUUGCCGGGUGCGGACUGCAAUCCCUACCUGGCCUUCGCAGCAGCUCUGGCUUCAGGGCUCGACGGCAUUCGGCACAAGAUUGAACCUCCCGCAGCUUUCGAAGGCGAUGUGUACAAAGCCAAGAACCUUCAGCAGGUGCCUCGGUCUCUGGGUGAAGCAGUGGCGCUCUUCCAGAAGAGUGCAUUCGCCAAGGCCAUGCUCGGCGACGAUGUGCACCAUCAUUACGCGCACUUUUUCGAGACCGAGCAUCUUGCGCACCUGCAAACCGUCACGGAUUGGGAGAGGAACCGAUAUUUUGAACAGAUUUGA